GUUGUAGCCUGUCCUUCUCCUUCAGAAUAUAAUGUAGCAGCCUAGCUGUUGGCUCUUGGUGGUUGUAGCCCGUCCUUCUCCUUCAGAAUAUAAUGUAGCAGCCUAGCUGUUGGCUCUUGGUGGUUGUAGCCCGUCCUUCUCCUUCAGAAUAUAAUGUAGCAGCCUAGCUGUUGGCUCUUGGUGGUUGUAGCCCGUCCUUCUCCUUCAGAAUAUAAUGUAGCAGCCUAGCUGUUGGCUCUUGGUGGUUGUAGCCCGUCCUUCUCCUUCAGAAUAUAAUGUAGCAGCCUAGCUGUUGGCUCUUGGUGGUUGUAGCCCGUCCUUUCCUUUUUAAAUCUAUCAUUUUAAUUCCAUCCUCCAUUGAUUAGAUAUCUCCUAACUUUUACCACACGGAGGCUCUAUGAGCCUAUUGCCACUUUGAUGACUUCUGAUUGGCCAACAACAACAACAACAACAACAAGCUCUGGUGAAAAGCAGAAAUUAUCUGAUGUCUUUCCUUGUCUCUACUGCAGCAGUUGUUUGAAAUUACAGCCAAUCAGAUCAGACCCAGGACAUUAUUUACACUUCUGGAUCCGGGCCCCAGAUGGGGUCUGUGGUUUUGGGGUGCAGGUGGAUCGGUGAAGACCAUUACCCAGCACACCGCGCUGAACGAACUGCAGAGGACCGGCAGACAGACGUCAGGGUGGUGAGAUUCAACAGAGACAGAGCUGGUCCAGAUAUCAGUCAGGAGGAACCAUCUAACUCCUACAACACGACUGAGACUGGCUUCAGAGAGGGCUCCAGUCUGGAGGAGGUAGUGGAGAAACAAGCUGAUCUCAUCGACUACCUGAAGCAACACAACACCUUACUGAGCAAGAGACUGCUCAACAUGACUGUUCAGCACUGACCACAAUACAACCACAACCAUAAGAGACAGAGAGAGGAGGAUGGAAGAAGAGAAGAGUGUCACAGAUUAGAGGCCUCGAGUUUUAUUUCUCUGUGACCACCCCAAGUGACCUCUGGGUAGUGUGUGUGCGUAGAGAUUGUGUGUCUGUGUAGAGAUUGUGUGUCUGUGUAGAGAUUGUGUGUCUGUGUAGAGAUUGUGUGUCUGUGUAGAGAUUGUGUGUCUGUGUAGAGAUUGUGUGUCUGUGUAGAGAUUGUGUGUCUGUGUAGAGAUUGUGUGUCUGUGUAGAGAUUGUGUGUCUGUGUAGAGAUUGUGUGUCUGUGUAGAGAUUGUGUGUCUGUGUAGAGAUUGUGUCUGUGUAG